AUGUAUGAAGAGUGUGCCCCCGAGCUAAUUAACGAUGUUGAGGUUGGUAUUGAGGUUGGAAUUUUCCUGAGUGGCAAACUUGGAAUUCUGGCUGGAAUUCUCCUGGAUGUUCAGGUUGGUAUUCAUGUUGGUAUUGAGGUUCGUAUCCAGGUGUGUAUUGAGGUUCGUAUUGAGGUUGGGAUUGUCCUGAUUCGUAAGCCUGGCAUUGCGGUUGAAACUGUCCAGAUUGGUAAGCUUGGUAUUGUGGCUGGAAUUGUUCUGGUUGUUGAGGUUGGUAUUCACGUGUGUAUUGAGGUU